AUGUCCUCGUCGCUAGCCCGCACCCGCUCCCUGCGAAAGCCAACGCAGGGCUCCUCGACCGAUCUUCCCCCUACGACCGCAACCUCCGUAUCCUCCUCGGCUUCAAUCACGGCAGCUAGAGGCCCCGCGAGCUCGACCACAGGAGGAGCAGCAGCAGCGCCAUCAGCGUCGGCGUCCACAUCCCACCGCCCCGUAUCCCCGAGUAGACUACCCGCGCCCCGGUCCCUCGCCGCAACACGUCCCACAACACGCACCGUCUCCGGCGCCAGCGUCGCGAGCAGUACAGCGGCGGCGGCCACAACCGCCUCCGAGGCGCCCAAGAAGAAGAGGCCGAACCCCUUAUCGUCGUUGCUGAGUAGAAGCUCUUCGACGCGCCAACCAGCGUCCGUGACAACGUCGAUUUCGACGAGACAAAGAGAUGUGGUAGCAGGUGCUGGAGCAGGAGGAGGACUAGCUAGCUCGGGACCAAUAAGCGCCCCUUUAAGCAGGACAAGCGCGCUCUCGGGCCUUACGAGGACGACUUCGACGAGGGAACCGGGACUGACACGGACGCGAUAUCCCGCAAACGCCUCGACGAGCAACCUCAGCCUCGUCUCCGAGACCGACGACCUCGGGCGGUCUACCAUCCUCGAGACGCGCCGGUGCACCAACGACGACUUCGACAGGAGCAGCAGCAACAGCGGUAGGAGCUGGGAGUCCAACAAAGGGCCACGCGCGCGCAAGGAGCGUCGCGACCCUGAACAACAGCACCGUCCUCCGACCCCCAAGCCAGACGUCGUCUACCGGGGCCACUGGCGCCGCACCGAGAUCACGCCCGACGUCCCUAUACGGCGCACCUCCGACGUCUUCCUACCCAUCCUCGACAGCAUCCACGACCACAAGACCCCGUCCCCCCUCAGCAACAGACCGCCUCUCCUCGAAACCGUCCCAACAACAGCACCACCACACCUCGCCCGCCAACAAGCCCAACAACGACACCCCUCCCCAACCUCACCACCCAGAACCACAAAACCAGUCCUCCGCCCAGCCUUCUCGACCUUGCAACAACACUACUCCCCCGCCAAAUCCCUCGCCCCAAAACCCCUGACGGCAACCUACCUCGCCGCCCCGUCCCCGUCAAAGCUCCCCGCCAACAUCGCCCUCACGGCAGAGACCUCCCGCCUCCAAACAGAGCUCCUCCAGCUCCACCUCCUCCACCGCGACCUGCCGCAGGUCACGUCCCAAUGGCACGCCAGCGCCCGCUCCAAACUCGCCGCGCGCCACGCCGACCUCGCGGCCUCGGCAAGAAGCCUCGCAGCCCUCGAAUCCGACGCCGCGGAGCGCCGUAACCUCGCAGCCCUAAGCAGCUGGGGAGCAUCCGCUGGCAAAAGCGGCAAGGCAGUAACAUCGUCCCUGCCGCUGGAAGACCGCGUCCAGCGCCUAGACGCCCUCCUCACAUCCCUCUGGUCCCUCGACGACCCAGGCGGAAAACACCACCGCCUCGUCCGCGCCUUCGAGCGCUGGGCCUCUUCCCUCGCCGACCUCGAAGCCGCCCGCGCCCGCGCAGAAGACGGCGCCGACCCCUCCGCCCUCCUAGACGACAACGCGGACGUCCGUUUCGGCGGCGGCCUCGACGCGCGGUGGAAAGACGACGCCGCGGCGUUGGUAAGGCGUCUCGAGGGGUGGGAUGCGCAGCUCAGGGAGCUAGAGUAUCGCGGUGAUGAUGACGAGGACGCGGCCGCUAGUACUACCACGACACAAGCGUCGAGCUUGAAGCGCAUGUUGGACGGAUGCAGCAGUCUCGUCAGGGACAUGCUCGACGAGCUGGCCGUCAUGGAAGAAAUCGAGGCAGCGGCGGUGGAGAGGGAGAACGAGUGGAUUAAGAAGAUGAACAGAGAGGGAGACGACGGCCGCGGCAGAGAUACCCAGAGAGCCGGUGCCAUUUGGAGAGUGAUUUAA